AUGAAGAUAUUGAUGCAUUGCAAAAGCCUUCAAAUACUCCUCCUUGCGCAUUCCUUUAAUGGUGAAGGAAUGCCAUCUGACGAUGACAUGGUUAGUUUUGAUGGAUUUCGAAAUCUUCGAUUUUUGAGCUUGGCGCAUUGUGAUCUCACAAGUCGAAUACCUGUAUGGUUAGCAAAGCUAAAGAGCCUAGAGAUCUUGGCUCUGGAUGGCAACAAAAUCACAGGGACAAUUCCUAGCUGGUUGGGGACUGAUCUACCAAGACUUUUUAAUAUAGGCUUGUCAAUGAACCUUAUUUCAGGUGAAUUUCCGAAAGAACUUUGUAGACUACCGGCGUUGGUACAUGAACUUAUUGCAGCUCAAGCAGACCAAUAUGAACUCGAAUUGCCAAUCUACAUUACGAAGAAUAGCGGGGUACUAGUUUCUCAUGGAUUACGCAGCAUAUUGUAUGGCUUUCCUUCAUGGAUAGAUCUUUCUUCCAACAACAUUACCGGUAAUAUACCGUCUGAGAUCGGCCAACUGCAGCUUCUCCAAGAGUUGUAUCUAUACGACAACAACUUCUCCGGCAACAUUCCGGACCAAAUGUCUAACCUUAAGAUGUUAGAAGUUUUGGAUCUCUCCGAGAAUCACUUGUCCGGAAAAAUCCCAUCGUCUCUGGCGAGCCUUAAUUUCUUGGCUAUCUUUAAUGUCUCAUACAAUAAUCUCGAAGGACCAAUCCCAACAAGCACUCAGCUCCAAAGCUUUGAAGCUUCUGCAUUUGAGGGGAAUCCAAAACUUUGCGGUGCACCGCUUCCAAACGAGUGUCGCAUUGAUGCGCAUGAUAAGAAUAACCAAGAUGAUGAGGACGAUGGGCAUCAACUACCGUGGUUCUAUAUUUUCACUGUGUUCGGGUUUAUUUUCGGAUUCUGGGGAGUAUGUGGAAAGCUACCUUUGUCUCUAACAUCCGGAAACAUCCAGACACCCGAUUUGUCAAGCAAUUACUUCCAUGGUCCAAUUCCAUCUUCGUUCUUCAUGCUUGCUUGGAAUUUGACAAGUUUCAACGUCAGCAACAAUGCCUUCUCCAGCUACAUCCCGUCCUCUAUAUGUCUCCAUUCUAACCACUUGAUUAGAGUGUUGGAUUUUUCCUCAAACCAAUUCAGUGGCAACAUUUUACCCAGUUUUGGGAGGUGUUCCGAGCUGCAGAUUUUUCGUGCUGGUCACAAUAAUCUCUCAGGGCUACUUCCAGAAGAUAUCUAUAAUGCUACCAAACUCGAAGAAAUUGCAGUACAUAUGAAUUCACUGUAUGGAGGCAUUAGUGAGAGAAUUGUCAACCUCAGCAGCCUCGCAAUCCUUGAUCUCUCCUUCAAUCAACUGAGCGGAGUACUCCCUCUCUAUUUGGGGAAGCUAUCCAGGUUAAAAAUCAUAACCCUCGAUUUCAACGACCUACAAGGUCUUUUGCCCCAGUCUUUGAUGAAUUGCACCAGCCUUGUAGAACUACGGUUGGGACGAAAUAACUUGGAAGGAGACAUUACCAAGCUUAAUUUCUCCAAACUUGUUCAGCUUACUAAACUUGACCUGUAUAGGAACAACUUCACUGGUAAGUUGCCAACAAGCUUGUACUCAUGUAGAUCCCUGAAAGCAGUUCGGUUAGCUUCGAACAAUCUAGAGGGACAAAUACAACCUGAGAUUCUUUCACUAAACUCUUUGUCCUUCCUCUCUCUUACUGAGCUCCGAUUGGAAAAUGUCACGAGAGCAAUGAAGAUAUUGAUGCAUUGCAAAAGUCUUCAAAUACUCCUUAUGGAUACCUUUAACGGUGAAGGAAUGCCAUCUAACGACGACAUGGUUGGUUUUGAUGGAUUUCGAAAUCUUCGAAUUUUGAGCUUGCCAUUUUGUGAUCUCACCGGUCGACUACCUGUAUGGUUAGCAAAGCUAAAGAGUCUUGAGAUCUUGGAUCUAGCAGGUAACAAAAUCACAGGGUCAAUUCCUAGCUGGUUGGGGACUGAUCUACCAAGGCUUUUUUCUAUAAACUUGGCAAUGAACCUUAUUUCAGGUGAAUUUCCGAAAGAACUUUGUAGAAUACCGGUGUUGGUACAUGAACCUAUUGCAGCUCAAGCAGACCAAUAUGAACUCGAAUUGCCAAUGUACAUUAUGAACAAUGGCCGGUUGUCUCUAGAUAACAACAACUUCUCCGGCAACAUUCCAAACCAAAUGUCUAACCUUAAGAAGUUAGAAAUUUUGAAUCUCUCCAAGAAUCACUUGUCCGGAAAAAUCCCAUCGUCUCUGGCAAGCCUCAAUUUCUUGAAUAGCUUUGUUGUCUCGUACAAUAAUCUUGAAGGUCCAAUCCCAAUAAGCACUCAGCUCCAAAGCUUUGAAGCUUUGGCAUUUGAGGGGAAUCCAAAACUUUGUGGUGCCCCACUUCCAAACGAGUGUCGCACUUAUGCGCAUGGUAAGAAUAACCGCGAUGAUGAAGACGAUGGGCAUCAACUACCGUGGUUCUAUAUUUCGGCUGUGUUCGGUUUUAUUUUUGGAUUCUGGGGAGUAUGUGGUUCUUUGAUCGUAAAGAAGACAUGGAGGUAUGCAUACUUUCAGUUCACAGACAAUGUACAGGAUAGGCUCUAUGUCAUGUUAGCAGUGCGCCUGAAUAGGAUGAAACGAUGGCUUAGCUAA